CGGCACCAUGGAGGCCAUCUGGCUCUACCAGUUCCGCCUCAUCGUCAUCGGCGACUCCACGGUGGGCAAGUCGUGCCUCAUCCGGCGCUUCACCGAGGGCCGCUUCGCCCAGAUCUCCGACCCCACCGUGGGCGUGGACUUCUUCUCGCGCCUCGUGGAGAUCGAGCCGGGCAAGCGCAUCAAGCUGCAGAUCUGGGACACGGCCGGGCAGGAGCGGUUCCGGUCCAUCACCAGAGCCUACUACAGGAACUCGGUUGGCGGACUCCUCCUCUUUGACAUUACAAACCGCAGGUCCUUCCAGAACGUCCAUGAGUGGCUAGAGGAGACAAAAGUGCACGUCCAGCCGUACCAGAUUGUCUUUGUUUUGGUAGGUCACAAGUGCGACCUCGACACCCAUCGGCAGGUCACGCGGCACGAGGCUGAGAAGCUGGCUGCUGCAUAUGGUAAGCAAAGCUGGAGAAGAUUGAUGCAGAGAGAGCCACGAGAGCUUGGCUACCGUGGGCUCUCUGCCUGCACCUUCUGCUGCUGCCAGUGGAGAGCACAAGGUCUCUUCGAAUCAGGACCAUUAGUCUUGUUUAGACUAAUGCCAGGACAAGCAGGUAGAAAAGGGUCAGUUCCUUAACUCCUUGAAUGAAAGGUAGGCAAACAACCACUUCAACCUCUCAGGGUGCAGCUCUGCUCAAGAGGUGUCUUUUGGAUUGUUCAGCUGAAGGCAGAUACUGGCCUAAAGGGUGAGCUUGUGUGCUGCAUUAAAGCCAGUAGAACUUUGGGAUCUAGCAGAGUUUUAGCAAUACUGACAUUUCAUAAGCCUGGCCAGGGGGUGGGGGGAGCAGGGAAGAGCCCAGCUUCUGUGUGCUGUAACUAUCAAGACUUUGUUUAAUGGGUUUGCGACAUUCGCCCUUUCCUGCUCCCAGAGAGAAGUUCCAGAGCACCUAAAUGAGUAAGUGCAUCCAGGCCUUAAGAGUAAAUCUUGACUUUGUAAUACAAGUAUCUUAAUUCUAAACUGGAACAGUGCAGAAGAAAAUGUAUGCAGUUUUAACUACUUAGAUGUAAUAAAUCGUUAUAUUAAAUGAUAGAGAAGUCAUUAUAUACAUCUUUUUCUAACUCCUUGCAUUUUCUAGACAGCUUAUUUAAAAUACAGGAACUGUAGAUUCAUCUGUACAAAAUUUCAGGUGUUUUUUUUUUUUUUUAAGAUGAAGAACUUAAAGGCUAUGCUAAGAAUUCUUUUCUAACAACUGGUUUUAAUGCUUUGACUUCUAGCGCAAGAGGGAUUUAGGGAAGUCAGAAGGUGACACCUUUCACAGGAUAAAGGUCAGGAGCUCUUUUACUCUAGGACAAAAAAAAAAAAAAAAAAAAAAAAAAAGCUAACUUUGUGGUCUUUACCACACAUAAAAACAAUCUGCAUGUUUGAUGACUGAAAUUGCUCAGAACCUCUAGAGUAAAGCUAUACUAUACGCCUUUCCUCGCUUUCUGUUAUGCACUGUAAUGAAAUGUAAAAAUAAUGCUGUAUUUAGCUGUAUGUGACUGAAAAUAUGCUUGUAUUUAGCAUAAUGGUUACUGUGAUAAUGUGAAAUUCAAAACUUGUGAAGAAACUUCAGUGUGUUUUUUUUCCCCCCUUCCCCUUCUUUAUCAGUAGCCACCUAGUACCUGUACUGCAGCAACCUUAACCUGACAUGGACUAGCUCAACAAUAAACAGCCGAUGCUCUUUGACGCAGUAUCCGCUGUACAUGUUUCCUCAAAAGGCUCUCUGGUCCCAUCUUAAACCAGCUUUCUCAGUGUCACAGGAGCAGCACCGCUUCUGCACUGACCACACUGACCUCGUGUUCUUACAGGAAUGAAGCUUUAACUCUGAAGACAGAUCAACACUGGACAGA